GACCUUUCUACGAGAAAAGUCCUCGCAUCCACAACGCGCGCCUCGGAACUCGUUCUUCUAGAAGCAUCCAUCACCCCCCACUUCCGUUUCCACUUCUCCGGAAAUGCACUUCCCCCUCCCCUUCUCCCUCCUCCUCCUCCUCCUCCUCUUCCUCUGUUCCUCCUCCGCCUCCGCUCUCUACGCCCCCUCUUCCCCCGUCGUCCAACUCACCCCCUCCAACUUCAAAUCCAAGGUUCUGAACGCGGAUGGGGUCGUGCUCGUGGAGUUCUUCGCGCCCUGGUGCGGCCACUGCAAAGCCCUAACCCCCGCGUGGGAGAGGACCGCUUCCGUGUUGAAGGGCGUUGCCACUGUCGCCGCUCUCGAUGCCGAUGCGCACAAAUCUCUUGCUCAGGAAUAUGGAAUUAAAGGAUUUCCUACUAUAAAAGUAUUCUCACCUGGUAAACCUCCAGUUGAUUACCAAGGAGCCAGGGAUGUAAAGCCUAUCGUCGAAUUUGCUCUACAGCAGGUCAAGGCACUUCUUAAGGAACGGUUAAAUGGCAAGACUUCUGGAGGUUCAAGUGAGAAAUCUGACACAAGUGCUUCAGUCGAACUAAAUUCUCAUAAUUUUGAUGAAGUUGUCCUCAAAAGCAAGGACCUAUGGAUUGUGGAGUUCUUUGCACCUUGGUGUGGGCAUUGCAAAAAGUUGGCACCGGAGUGGAAAAGAGCUGCAAAUAAUUUGAAAGGGAAGGUGAAACUCGGCCAUGUUGAUUGUGAUGCUGAAAAGUCUUUGAUGAGCAGGUUCAACGUACAAGGAUUCCCUACCAUUUUGGUAUUUGGUGCUGACAAGGGCAGCCCGUAUCCAUAUGAGGGGGCUAGAACUGCUGCAGCUAUUGAGUCGUUUGCACUUGAGCAGCUCGAAACUAAUGUUGCUACACCUGAAGUGCAUGAGUUGACUGGCCCAGAUGUUAUGGAAGAGAAGUGUGCUUCUGCUGCAAUAUGCUUUGUAGCUUUCCUCCCUGACAUUUUGGAUUCGAAGGCCGAAGGACGAAAUAAGUAUCUCCAGCUUCUACUAUCAGUUGCUGAGAAAUUCAAGAGGAGUCCAUACAGCUUUGUGUGGGCAGCUGCUGGCAAACAGGCAGACCUUGAGAACCAGGUUGGAGUUGGUGGUUAUGGUUACCCUGCUCUCGUCGCUCUUAACGUGAAAAAAGGCGCAUUUGCUCCGCUCAAGAGUGCAUUUCAAUAUGACCAAAUAAUUGAGUUUGUAAAGGAAGCAGGGCGUGGUGGAAAGGGAAAUCUUCCUCUGGAGCGAGCCCCCACGGUUGUACAGACGGAACCAUGGGACGGAAAGGACGGAGAGAUCAUAGAAGAGGAUGAGUUCUCGCUCGAAGAGCUCUUGGGAGAUCAUUCUGCGAGCAAUGAUGAAUUGUAGACCACAAGAUUAGCAGUAGUGCGAGAUUCUGAGAUUGUGCGAUUGAGUUAUGGUAGCAAAUUUUACAUUAACGAACUGUUCCUUGUUUACAUGUUUAGAAAACUGUUUUAUCUCUCAGUUGACAGCUGACACAACAAAUUUGUGUUCAGCGAGUGUCUUGCAGUAGAAGACGGAAUCUUUUAGUGGUGAAUGAUAGAAUAGGAGUGCACAGAAACAGUGAAGCUCAGAGCUUGAAUGGUGCUUCAUUGUUGAUUCCGUGUGUGAUGGUCGUGAAAUAUUUGCUUCUCUUUGAAUGAUGAUGGAUUGACUGAGGCUUAGUUUGGUA